AUGUCUACCGCCACGCACAAGCCGAAGCUCACCGGUUGGGCCGCAGCCGCCGCGAAAGCGGCCCCCAGAACACACCACAAGAGCGCACACUCGCCUCCCUCGAGCACGAGCACGUCCGCGCCGCGGUCCAAGGCGGGCUCGCCACCACCGCAGGCCAAAGACGCACCUAGAAAGACCAAAAAGCCGCAGGCUGCGUCUUUCAAUGCAGACGAGGUCGCUCGGUUUCUGCGCGAGCGCUAUGCUGCCGAGACGGCGCAGCCCGACACCCUGACGUACGCACGGUCCAAGAACAAGGGCUCGCCGGACUGGGGCACCACCAAUCACCGCACCAAAAGCAAGAAGUACGGGUGUCUGAGCGAGGUGGCACGCGCAUUGCGAUCCUGA